UGUACACAGUUCUCUGUGUACGAGUUCCUGAUACAAUACUUUUGGCCCAGCAGUAUAGCAAUAUGCGAACAGAAUUACCCCCCUUUGUAGGCGAGCUAUUUGUGCGUGGAAGUGACAUCACUAAUCGGGAUUGGUGGAAAACAACAGAACUUCGUCUCUAAUCUUUUGUUUUGUGUCUCUUUUUUUCGACUGUCAUCAUGCCUGAAUCUCGAGAUGGUCAAGGAAAAACCUUCAAGCAAAAGAAAAGUUUUGCUGUGCGUAAAGAUGAAGUUGAAGGAAUUAGGUCAAAGUUCCCAACCAAAAUACCUGUGAUUGUUGAACGGUAUCACAAGGAAAGCCAGUUACCAGUUUUGGACAAGACAAAGUUUCUGGUUCCACAAGAGCUUACAAUGUCCCAGUUUGUCACAAUUAUCAGAAAUCGAAUGUCUCUGAAUGCGAACCAAGCCUUCUAUUUGAUUGUGAACAACAAGAGUAUCUCCAGUAUGUCGUCUACAAUGGCUGAAAUCUACCACGGGGAGAAAGAUGAGGAUGGCUUUCUGUACAUGACGUAUGCUUCACAAGAAAUGUUUGGAGCUGUACUCUGAUAUUGUCUGUUCACACUUGUUGUCUGUUUACUGUCUACAUGAACAUCCGUCACGGGAAAGUUAGGAGCCAUACACUCACAUUAAGUCUUCAUCUCAUAUCUGCAGACAUUUAAAUCACACAUACAAUAUUUUCACCAAUGUUGAUUCUUAGUGGCCAUUAGUUUACUAUUUACAAGAACUCAAUCACAAGAAAUGUUCAUUGAUAUUAUUGGGUUUUUUUAAUCUGUUAUCUCAAAUCUUUGGAAUGAAUAUAUUAUGCUACUCCCAAAGUCAUCCAAAGCUUCACAUUAGAUUUUUUUUAUGGAUUUUGAAGGAUUAUGAAUACAGGUUUUAAAAGCAUAUAGCUCUUUCCUGGUAAAAACUGGGAUUCUGUCAGGAAAUUUUAGGAAUUCCAAUUUCUACUGGUAGAAUUCCAAAUAUAACCACAAAAGGUAAAAAGGUUAAUAAAAGCAAUAACAUUUUCUAACAUAAUUAAAGGACAUUGUUAAUAUGUUUUAGUUAUUUAAUUUAUAUAUAUAUUUAUAUACACACACAAUUACCUUUUGUUGAAACUGUUGUGUUUUUUCAUAAAUCAGUCCCAUGUUAAUAAUACUUUUUAUAUGGAACUACAUUUACAAUUUGUAUACUUUGAAAUGUUAUUACUCAGAUAAAGGAAAUGAUUAACAUAAACAUUUAAGUGCAGUUACUUUAGACCUGGAAUUCUUCUGAUAAAUUAAAGAUUUUAUAAGAUUCUAUGUUCUACAUCGGCACUGUUAAGUCACUGACCCUACAUAUUAUCUGUAUAGAACAUUUUUGGCUUUUAACUUAUUAUUAUUUACUUAAAUUAUCAAUUUGGCAGAAAAUUAUGUUUUGGAUUAUAUUCUGUGGGGUAUCGAAAAACGAAGUUACUAUUACAACCCCACAGCAGUGUAUAUAUAUGUAACUAGUCAAUUCCUUUGUCAGAUUUACUUGACAUUAUGUUAAGUUUUGUAAUUAUGAUUCAACUGUUUACAGUAGUUAAAUUCAGGUAUAAUAAAAAGCUGUACAUUUAACCUUUAUUAUAUAAUUUUGAUAAGAUUGUGGUUUUGUACAUAACAAGAACUUAUCUAUUUAUUUUUUUAAUCCAUUUAAAUUUUGAACAAAAAGUGCCUUGAAUUACCUUUUCAUUAGCAUUACACAUUUCACUCACUCACAUUUUAUAUAUUUUAAGUGUACUGUUCAAUUGUUGAUAUAUGUACUUGAGUAAGUCAUUAUUUAGUAAGUUUAUAUAUAUACUUAGUCACAAAUUGUGUCAUUUAGUAAGUUGAUACAUGUACUUCAGUAAGUAAUUAGAACAUUUAGUAAGUGAUUUUGUUUUUAAUGUUGCAAGUAAUAAAUAGAACCUGUUAACAUGAUUCCCGCUAUUUAUAUUAUUUAUUUUUAUUUCAUUGAUGAUUUUUUUUCUGACCUGUGAUAAGUAAUACACACUUCAUUAUACAUAUACUUGAUAAUAUCUGUUUUAUAAUAAUAUUAUGCAUUCUUUAUCAGUACAAUAUGAAACAGGAAAUUCCUGGUCUGUUUCAACAUCACUAUUAAUUCUAUAUUUCCGAUGUUGAUUUGUAAGUCUUCACACUGUUAAUUUCUACAUUUACAGUGUUAAUAUACACACUGUUACUUUUUAUAUUUUGCCUAUAUUCAAACAGAAUUGUAUUCAUAGAACUUGUUUUACAUUUAACAAUAAUGGUGUUCAAUAUAUAACCUGUAUACAUAUAUAUAGCAUGUAUCAUGGUCAUGUAUGUUUAUUUGUAUUUUUCUAUAUAAUCCCUUUCUUAAACAUGUUUCUGUAUUCCUUUUUAUUUGCCAUUUUGUUUUUGUGCCUCUAUUGAUCUAUUGUUUUAUGCAAACUACAGAACUUGAGUUUGCCAAGUAUAUUUUUAGGAACAUACAUCCAUUGAACAAGGAUACAGCUAUGUUCAGAUAUAUCUCUAAUUUCUUUUCGCAUAGCCAUAUUCUUUUUUCAUAAAUUUGAUAACCUCAAGGCCACAUGCCAUUUUACUGGUAAUUGUUCAUUGAUAAAGCAGAUAUCUUGUUACGUCUAACUAAUGAAAUGAAAUAAAUAGAUUUUUAAAGUUAAUGUACUCAAUAUAUUAAGUUACUCAAAACAUUAAUUUUUGCUGAAUACAUUUUGAUAAAAGGAACAGAAUUAUGAUAUUAGUUACUAUGACAUUAUUAGUACUGUAUAAAAAAAAUAUUUUUAAAUACUAUUGUUCAAGACUCAGUUGUAUAUAAUAUAACCUACAAUGAACCGAAUUUGCUUGCAUCAUUUAAAUUGUUAAUUUGUUUAAUUUAGUUUUCAGAGGAAUAUAGUGUGCAUACUUUUAGUUUGUGCAUAUUACAGAUAUAGGAGUUAUUUGAAUGAGAUUCAUAUAUUGCACUGUUGACCAAUGGAAAAUUCCUCUGUGCAGAAUGAUAAUUCAAUGCUUCCGUACACGGCAGUCCUGUUUUAUGCAUUGUAUAAAACAAUCGCAACAAACACUGAGUAAAAUUAAUGAUAGCAUUAUGUUCAUUCCUAUUAUAUUAAAUAUAGUAACAUAAUGGCCAAAUGGAAAAUGAUUGCCAAUUAUGUGUAUGGUGGUCAUGGCAUUGUUUAAUGUCAGAUUACAGUGUAUUUCGUCAUUUCAGAUUUGUACAUAGUUCAGCUAAGCAUGGGGGAGGUGUGUUAAAUCAAUAAUAGUUAAUUUGCUAAUGUAAAAAAAAAAAAAUAUUGGGUGCACCAUUUUAAUGUUAUUAAAUGUUGUAAAUAAUACAUAUAUUUGUGAAUAUUUGAUUAUUUUGGUUAAUUCUCUAAAUUAAUUGUUUUUAAAAAUGUAUUAAAUUAUUGAAUAUGAAUAUUUAUCCACUUUUUCUGACAUUUGUUUUGUUUAUAAUGCUACAACGACAAUCUUAAAUGAAAAAUAAAAAUAAAAACUAUACUCAGGGAUGAGAAUGGCAUAUGAGAAAAACAGCUAAAAUUUGUUUUAAUGAAGAUGGAGAUUAGAGACCAUGUUCAUAGGCUACAUUGAAUGGAAAACUAAGAGGAAUUCAUCCCUUUUUUCACAAGGAGUGGGGACACUCACCUGAAUUUUUUUUUUACAAAUUUGUUAUUUCCUGGUCUUUCAAAAAUUGAAGUGUAAGCAUACUGUCAUAUUGUAAGAGUAUUUGCGAGUGUGAAUGGUAAUGGUUGUUUGUUACUGUUGUCAACAGGCAUUGGACCACUAAUUACAAGGUUAGCUCUGGGUGAACAUAAAGUUUCGCAAAAUUAUCUAUUAAACUUCAAAAAUAGCAGAAAAUCAGUUAUUUUCUAGUAAAAUAUAGUAAAAUUAUUUUGCCAAUUUAAAAUAAAAUUUGCCAGUUUUUGAAAUUCGCCAAUUGAUUUUAAAACUCGCAAUUGGUGAAUUUUGCGACUGCCAGAGCUAGCCCUGAAUUACAUUUAGCCAAUCAUAAUUGAACUUUCUUAGCCAUUUGAGAUGGGACUCCAUUGUUUUCAGAGGAGAACCAAGACAAAAAAAUGGACCCCCCCCCCCCCCCCCUAAAUUUUCUCAUUGGAUUUAGACGAGUCGCAAGAUAUUUUAACUAUAAAAUUUUGAUUUUUAAAGCUUUUUUAAUUUCUUACAAAUCAUAUUUAGAUGCAUCUUAUUCAAAUGAACUUUGCAACAUUUCGUGCAGAGAUGUUUAGGAUAGAAAUAUUUAUUAUUAGGCUACUUAAUAUGUUAAAAAUCAAUGUGUUCCAGUGGUGUCAUUAAACAAAACAAACUUAAUAUGUUAAAAAUUUUGAAAUAUUAACUUGAUAUUUCAGUUGGUCAAUGCGACAUUGACCACGGUCACAGCAAAGGAUUACAGUGUUAAUCAGAACAAGAUGUACCUUGUGUCAGUGUGGCAUCUAACCCAGUCAGAAGAAUUAUUACCUGAGGUGCUCGAGUCGAUGGUUCAAAUCCCUUCGGUGGACCUAUUCUGUGAUUGGGUUUUUUCAUGUCCCAAUCUGUGUUCCACGAGUAGUAUAACAAAGGCCACAGUAUGUGCUGUCCUGUCUGAUACAGUGCAUAUAAAAGAUGCUUUUCUACUAAUGAAAAAAUUACCAAAUGUUUGACAUCCAUUAGCAGGAUGUGCUCUAGUGGUGUCGAGAUAUAGGUAUUACUUUUUCAGUGACAAAUAAAAUUUAGUUUAUAGUUACAUCCAUGAAUGUUCAUGUGAAUGUUUGUUUAAAAAAAAAAAAAAAGAGUUAAAAUUGUAAAUUGUAAUUUUUAUUUAAAAUACUUGGUGUUUUAGUACAAUGGUUAAGUCCAUUUUAAACUUCCUUGCAUGCAGUACAUGUAAAAUAUUACAUGAUAAUUCUAGUGACUUUAAUCCACUUAGAGAAACAGGAUGCUACGAGAUGUUAAUUUCACUAAAACUGCCUUUGAAUGUGACCAAGAUUGUGUAAAAAAUAUUUAAAGGAAAUUAAAGAAUGUCAUGAUAUAGGAAGAAAUGUUUUAAUAUACUACAGAUUAUAGCUUGAUGAUGUAUGGAUUAAACACAAAAAACAUCUUGACAUUAAAUAUUAAAUGUGUAAAGCUUUAUUUAGCAAUUGGUUUAUUAUGCUGUUUUGUUAAAAGAUUUUAAAUAUUUAUUAAAUCGUUGAAGCAUAAACCUUUAAUAUGCUUUAAAUGUUGUAACAUUCAUUAGAAUAAUGAUCAGCUAAGACAUUCACCUUGCAAGUUCUAUUGGUGAUGCUAGAAAAGCUAAUCAUUCUGCACUAACUGCAGCAAGCAUAUUGUAAAUGAUUUAGUUUAUUUAAUACUAAUAUAUUAACAACCACUACAGCUUCUGACAUUAAUAUGUUGUAACAGCUGAUGGUGGUAUGGCAAGGUGUAAGAUUACCAUUGUACAAUUUGCAUUAAGCAAUAUCAGUACAGGUGCUGUUUACAUAAUACUAUGUAAAUACAAGUGCGCAUUACAGUUGUGUUGUCGGCUUGCAUUACAGAUGGUGUGAUUGUUGUUCAUCAACAGCAGGGAUUCAGUACAAGGCUGUUCAGCUUUUUUUCUUUUACUGAAUAACAUGAAAUAAUGCUUUGUAUGAAAUGCCAGCAUAAUAACAUGUAUUAUAUAAGUGUAGAUAUGUUGUGAUGUAACAUGUAUGAUAAAUAACACAGCAGGAUUGUAUACAUUGUUGUUGAUCAGGUCUAUUAUUCCUUUUGAAACAAAGAUAUGUCCUUGUUGAUUAUUAAACAAUUUCAUGGGA